GUUUGUCUGCCGAACGAAAGGAAUGCCAUACAAUAACGUAGGCGACACUUGUUCCAACUUCGCAGGUAGCUGCACAACGCUCCUGCAUCCACUCCUGCAGCCGACGAUUGCGAUCAGAUAAAGUGUCUUCGAUGUGUCUCCACGCGUUCGUGCAUCGCUCGUGUUUAAUUUAAUCGGUAACCUUCGCAUGAAAUCGCCGCCUUUAUCAAAGUUAACGAUCUGCCGAGCUUUGCAAUCAAAAGAUCGCGGAUCUUAUAAAAUGAAUUCUGGAAGCAGCUCCGGUAGAGAUUGUUUGGCUACACGAAACCCUGCGAAACCGCCGCUGACUUAGGGGCUACGCUCAGAAACAAAUACGCGCAAUAUGGCCCGGAGUGGUUAUAAAACCUGCUCGUCAAUGUAUACAAUUAUUGGUCUGGCGGUAGUCAUUUGUGUCGCGGCUGUUCAGGCAGAACUUCGGCAAGUGAACGUGGUGUUUAGACAUGGCGACAGAACACCCGACGACAACAGUAACGAAGCGUAUCCGAAUGAUCCAUACUACAAUUACGACUUCUUUCCUGAGGGUCGAGGGCAAUUGAUUAACAAUGGCAAACAACGAGAAUACCGAUUGGGAAGAGUCCUUCAUAACAGAUACUCAAAGUUUCUGGGAAGUUAUUACACGCCGAACACUGUCUUUGGCAUCAGCUCAGAUUAUGACAGAACUAAAAUGUCUUUGCAACUAGUUCUUGCAUCGCUUUUCCCGCCGAACAGGGAGCAAAAAUGGAACCCGCAAUUGAAUUGGCAACCGAUCCCCACAAGAUAUCUGCGUCGGGCGGAAGACAAUGUCUUCCUGGGCGAUGAGUGUCCUUUAUACUUACAGGAGUAUGAAAGAGUAACGAACACGCCCGAAGGAAAACGCCAACUCUCACGUUUCGAUGGUCUCAUGAAGCAGUUAACGAUAUGGACAGGAAAAAACGUCACCAAUGCAUUCGACAUGUAUUACCUUUACCAUACACUGAUGGCCGAAUAUUCGGAUGGACUUAUUUUACCAGACUGGGCGUACGAGGUCUUCCCCUAUGGCGAAUUAUGGAAUGGAACCGUAUUGUGGUAUGAAACCGCUAGCGCGACAACUUUGCAAAGAAGACUAAACGCAGGACCGUACCUCCGCCUGGUCACAAAAUCUAUGCUGGCCCGCGUAGCUGGAACGUCAGAAAAUAUACGGAAGAUAUAUCUAUACAGCGGACACGAAACAAACGUGGCCGCCGUGUUGUUCGCUCUGGGACUUUACACGCCUCAUGUUCCUGGAUAUUCCAGUGCUGUGAUAUUGGAGCUACACGAGAUAGAGGACAAGUUCUUCGUCAAGGUUCUUCACUACUGGGGCAUUCCACCGAAAGUCGAGGAACUUGCGAUACCUAAUUGCGAUCUGAUGUGUCCUCUGGAUCAGUUCUUGAAAUCAAUUAAGGAUGUAAUACCUUCGAACGAGGAACUGAAAUGUAACAAGAAGUCGACAGAACAAUACGCAGAUACCAUAUCGUUGGAGGAACUGGACGUUGAGAAAUAUGACUUGAUAAGAAUUUCAAAAACGCCUGACAAAAAUUAAAUUGAAUAAGUUCCCUCGCGAUGCUAAGAUGAUUUUCAUCUUGUUAAACCAAAGAGAAAAUAUUUAUAUAAAUGCUAAAUGUAAUAUUUUUACAUUAUUAUUAUUAUUAUUAUUAUUAUUAUGAUUAUUAUUAUUGUAAGCAAGCUCAUAAUUUAAAUCAGUUUUUGAUGCCACCUCGCGACAAGUGAAUUUGUUAGUUUCCCUAUUUAUUUAUAAACUUUAUGUAUGACCGACGUACAUAAAUGUGUAUGAAAAUUAGUAUAUCUUUUUAAUGUAUAAUGUUCAUAGUUUUUCAUACUGAUGUCAGCGUUUGACUUUUGCCAUUCUCUUAAAGAUGUGAGAACAGAGAUUUAUGCCUUGUAUCUUAUAUGUAUUUAUAGCAGUAUUUAUACAAACACUAAUACAAACUUAUGUCAACUACA